AUGCCUGACGAGGGCCUCAUCCCGUCUAUCCAGCGUCAGAUCCGCAAUGGGAUCGGGACAGCUGGCGACACGGUGGGCAACUACAUCAACAGCAACGGCAAGGCCAUCCAGGACGCGGCCUACGCAGCCGGCCGCCGGGUCGACGGCGUCAGCCGGAGCGUCAGCACCUCGGGCAAGUCCGCGGGCAAGUCCGCCAACGACGGGUCCAGGGCCGCUGGCACGUACGUGCAGAGCGUAGGCAGAAGCGUCAGCCGGCAGAUCGACAGCUACGCCAGCUACGCGGGGAGGCAGGUCGGGGCCGCGGGAAGAUAUGUCGACGGUAGUGGCCGGGCGGUCGGCGGUCGAGUGGGUGAUUUUGGCAACCAGAUCAAGGACAAAAGCGGCGCGAGGGGCGCGAAGAUGAGCACGCCUAAGAAUCCUCUGGGGAUCAGCGGAAACCGUGCGGUGUGA